AUGGCAGUUAAAUCGCAUAGCACCAACAAUUUUCUAUCGUUAAGUUCUUCAAAUUGCCGGCUUUCAAAUGGUUCAUAUUGUGUAGGGAGGAAAGUGUCGGACUUGCAUUGUCUAUUAUUUAGUAAAUGGGGCAGGACAAGAAAGGGAUGUCUAAUACAACAUGAUUUGCUAUCGUUGAACAGUGGUCAUGGUUCGGUGGGCUGUAAAAAGUACUAUUUAACAUUUUCUAAGGCUGGAAGGAGUUUACACUUGUUCCCGUUUGCCACCUCUGAUGAUGGUAUGACUGUCAAUGGGAGUCCACAAGCUGACACCAAUGCUAACCUUGAAAAAAUGAGGGUCAAACUGGAUAGUUCACUUGAAGAUGAAAACUUUUAUGAUGGACUUGUACAAGCUUUAAAUGAUGCAGCCAGAGUUUUUGAGCUCGCAAUUAAAGAGCAUAAAUCGUACUCACGUGUAUCCUGGUUUUCAACAGCUUGGCUUGGGGUAGACCAAACUGCAUGGGUGAAGGCAUUGUCAUGUCAGGCUGCCGUGUACUCCUUGUUGUAUGCUGCAAGUGAAAUUUCAUCCCGAGGUGACAGCAGAGAUAGAAAUGUCAAUGUAUUUGUUCAAAGGAGUUUGCUAAGGUUAUCUGCUCCCUUGGAGAGCUUAAUUAGAGAGAACUUAUCAGCCAAACAGCCUGAAGUAUAUGAAUGGUUUUGGUCUGAGCAAGUUCCAGUUGUAGUGACAUCCUUUGUUAAUAAGUUUGAAGGGGACGGACGCUUUACUUCUGCCAUUGCUUUGUCUGGAAAAACUAAGGGUUUAAGCAGUGCAAGUGACGUAUUACUUCUCCUUCUUGCACUUACAUGCAUUGCGGCAAUUGCUAAACUCGGCACGGCUAAAGUUUCUUGCUCACAGUUCUUUUCCAUGAGCACAGAGAUAACUGGUAGUUUGAUGGACAUGCUGGUUGGUUUAACUCCUAUAAGUCAAGCUUAUAAUUCUAUAACGGAUGUUGGUCUACACAGAGAAUUUCUUGUACAUUUCGGUCCUCGAGCUGCAGCUUUUAGAGCAAAAGAUGAGUGGGGUUCUGAAGAGGUUGUUUUCUGGGUAAAUCUGGUUCAGAAGCAGCUGCAGCAAGCCAUUGAUAAGGAGAAAAUAUGGUCAAGACUGACAACAUCUGAAAGCAUUGAGGUUUUGGAGAAGGAUUUGGCUAUAUUUGGAUUCUUUAUUGCAUUAGGCAGAAGUACACGAACAUUUCUUUUGGCAAAUGGUUUUGAUACUCUCGAUGAUCCAAUUGAAGAUUUUGUCAGGUAUCUUAUUGGGGGCAGUGUUUUAUACUACCCUCCGCUCUCAUCCAUUAGUUCAUAUCAAAUGUAUGUUGAGGUAGUGUGUGAAGAACUGGAUUGGCUUCCUUUUUAUCCGGGAAUCACCAGCAUCACUAAACAGUUGCAUGGGCAUAAUAAACCAGAAGGUCCCCCAAAUCCCGAAGCAGUGACGCAAGCAUUUGAUGUUUGCUCUCAUUGGAUGCAGAGCUUUAUUAAAUACAGCACAUGGCUGGAGAGCCCCUCAAAUGUAAAAGCAGCUGAGUUUCUGUCUAGAGGGCACAACAAGUUGAUGGAGUGCAUGGAGGAACUUGGAAUGAUAAAGGAUAAGACAUCGGAGAGUGAUACCAAAAAUAUAGUUGACAGAGAAAGAUCCACAAUUGAGUCAACAAUAAAAGGGUCAGGUUCUUUUGAUGAGGCAUUGAAAAGUGUUGAAGAAGCUGUGAUAAAACUUGAAAAGUUGCUUCAAGAAUUGCAUGUGUCAAGCUCUAGUUCUGGAAAAGAGCAUUUGAAAGCAGCCUGUUCUGAUUUGGAAAAAAUACGGAAACUUAAGAAAGAAGCUGAAUUCCUGGAGGCAUCUUUCAGAGCAAAAGCCGAUUCUCUGCAAGAGGGAGUUAGUAGUGCUCAAACCACCACACCGGUCGGUGAAGAGGACAGGUUAAUAAAAGGGAAAAGCAGAAAGAAUGACAACGUAAGGGUGGACAGGAACAAAAGACAAAUUGGAAACUCUCGUGGAUUCUGGGGCAUCUUUGUACCUCCUGUCACCAGAAAGCCUGACCUGGAAGCAGAUGCGGACGCAUAUGAAAAUUAUAUUGAACAGCCUGCGCCAAAUGUAGGGGUUGUGGAUCAAGAAUCCAAUGAAAUCCACCGCUUUGAGCUUCUAAGAGAUGAGCUGAUGGAACUUGAGAAAAGGGUUCAAAGAAGUGCCUAUCAAUCAGAAAAUAAUGAGGAUGUCUGGCAAGGAACUCAACUUCUUGCUAUUGAUGUUGGUGCUGCCACGGGUUUCGUCAGAAGGACCUUAAUAGGUGAUGAAUUGACUGAGAAGGAGAAGAAAGCACUUAAAAGAACCUUAACGGACAUGGCCUCAGUUGUUCCUAUCGGUGUUUUAAUGCUAAUUCCAGUUACUGCCGUUGGGCAUGCAGCCAUGUUGGCUGCUAUUCAGAGAUAUGUACCAGCUCUGAUUCCAUCCACUUACGCACCAGAGAGUAUUGAUUCAACAACAAACAAAACAUCGUUUGACAGGCCCUUCGGACAUUUUGUUCGAGUGCUCAUUGAUCUUGACAUGUCAAAAGAUCUAAGUUAUAAAAGUUUAGUGGAAAGAGUUGGCUAUGCUUUUUUUUUUGUUGAUUUAGGAUAUGAAAGACUACAAGAUUAUUGUAUCUUUUUCAAUUAUGUGGGACAUUCGUUUGAAACCUGCAGAAGAAAAUGUGGCAUCUCAGGCCUGAGCAAUGGGAAACAACUGAUCAAAAACAACGAGAAAAUAUUCAAGCAAGUGGGAGAGAAAAAUGAGGAAGUUGUUGUCGAAGCAAGGGAUUUAUCUCAAAACCGAAGGAAAACAAUACAUCCUGAAGAGUCUAGUACUAUUGUGAACCUUCCAGUUGUGAAUCCGAUAAUUUUGGAGGAGCCUGUUGUGGCCAAUUUUGAUGGGAAUGCUAAUGAUGGUCUUCCUUUCAAAGAUUCUUCUCUUGUUCCUACUGAAAAUGAUAUUAGCUCAGAUGAGUAG